UUGCUCCCUAAACUUUUAUAGCAAACCAAUGUAUAAAAAGGCGCAAAGAGUGCAGUUAGUCCUCUUUCGCCUCCCAGUGAACCAAUAUGCGACAUCAUCGUCAAACUAAAUAAAACCUUUUGUGAUAAUCCAAUUGUGUAUUUUUAAUGUCGCAUAUCACUGGCGACGAGCUAAAACGUAGUGAAUCUGAUCACGAAUCAAACAGUAGUGAAUCUGACCAAGAACAAUUCGAUCGUGAAAGUAGUGAAGUGGAUGUGAGUGUGCAGUUUAAGCCAAAAAUGUCUACACUCAUUGGCUCAAUUGAGGCUUACAUGCCCGGUGAAAAUUUUACACACUACCGGAAUCGCAUGAAUCAUCUGAUAUCUGGAAGCGGAAUCGAGGAUAGUCGCAAAUUAUCCAUUGCUAUCACCUUGAUGGGGCCCACCUGCUACUCAAAAUUGGUCUCAUUAUUGUCUCCAGAGAAACCCGAAGACAAAAGUUACGAUGAGGUGAUGACAAUUCUCGAGAAGCACUUCAAAGAGACAAACAACGUGAUUUCGGAUAGAUGCACAUUCAACAUGCGUUUUCGUCACGACGGUGAGAGCAUAGAAGAUUACAUCGUAGAACUCAAAAGUCUCUCACAGGAUUGCCAUUUCGGAUCAUUCUUAGAGGAAGCUCUAAGAGACAGAUUGGUCAGUGGAAUAAAUGACCAACAGAUUCAGUCAAAGCUAAUUCUUCAGACUGAACUGACUUGGGAGAGAGCGAAAGACAUCUGUAUUGCGGAAUUUCGUGCAAGACGGAAUAUUCAGUCUAUGGGAGGAUCUGCAAUACCAACACACGCUGUUGAGCAUGCUGAUGGGUCACGGAAAAAAUCAUCGACCACGAGGCAGCCACAUGGAAAAUCACGCCACAUGGACGGAAAGAAGCAACGAGACAAAUCCAAAGGCUUAACGGACCAGAGUGGACAACAAUGUAACCGGUGCGGAUUAAGUCAUAAAAAAGGAGAAUGCAAAGCAGCCAAUUCUACUUGUCGUGUGUGCGGGAAGAGAGGACAUUGGGCAUCUGUAUGCUGGAGCAGUGCAGGAACGAAGUAAACGACAAAGAGGUAACUUUCGAAGUGGACACUGGGGCUGUGGUAUCGGUGAUUGGUGAUGA